GUACGGGAUAUCUUAUCAUGAUAACGAUAUGCUGCGGUUGAAAAUCGUAAGACAGAACAUGACUCGUCGUAAGAGAAUAUACUUGGUUGGACUGUUUGUGAUAGUCUCUGCAUUAACAACUAUUCAGUUCUUGAAAGGGCAUUACGAAGCACGCAGAAAUAGACUGAAGAUAUUGGAUGACUAUUUGGAAAGUGUAGGAGCAAAUCUGACUCAGACUAGCAUACAAAGACUUCCCAAUGCAAUUAUCAUUGGGGCUGAAAAAUGUGGAACUGGGGCAUUGACUCGGUUUCUCGCUCAACAUCCGUUGAUAAAAGCACCAAUAAAUUUGGAAAGAUUUUUUUUCAACAACGAGCAUUAUCAAGAUAGCAUGGAGAAAUACAUAAAAUCAUUACCGGCUGCUAAAGAUUACGAAAUUGUUAUUGAAAAGACUCCCGCAUAUUUAAAGGCCCUCGGAACAUCUGAAAGAAUACAUAGAACGAUUCCGGAUGCAAAAAUCAUUUUACUUCUAUGCGAUCCAGUCAAUAGAACAUACUCGGAUUUUUUACAGCACAAAAAUAUUGGAGAUAUCAACGAAGCAGCGAAUUUCGAUACGUUUGUUGGAAGGGAAAUCGAGAAGUUGUACGAGAACUUCGAGAAGUAUGCGACGUUUCAUGAGAAAGUGUUUGAAAACUAUGUAUUAUCUGGAGAAGCUAAUUUUCAAUUGAGUCACAUCGUUUCGAGUGGAAUGUAUUAUUAUUAUGUCAAAUACUGGCUCAAAACAUGGAAAUUGAACGAAAACUUUCUUAUUUUAAACGGCGAGACAUUUCUUCGAACACCAUGGAAGACUCUUGACAAAGUACAACAAUUUUUAGGCAUUCCUAAAAUAAUCAAUGAAAACGAUUUUAAACAACAAUCUACAGGAUUCUACUGUAUCCAUCAACUAUACAACAAAGAGUUCCUGUGUUUUUCAAAGAAUAAUAAAGGAAGGUCGAGACUCCAAAAUCAUGAGUGGGCACCUGAAAUACUUCGCAAAUUUUUCGCCAAGAGUAACGAAAAAUUAUAUUCAUUAAUUGGGGAAACAUUCGACUGGCAAUGAGAAUGAGUAUUAUUCAGAAAUUUCAAUAAACGUUAUCAAAAAGUCG